AUCCGACACCACGACAACCAACUCGUGCAAUCCAGUCGAAGAUGGUGCUCGAGGUCGCCGCCGUCGACCGCUUCUUUUGCGGUGUGAUGGAGCUGAUCCCGCCGGCCCACUACUUUCCUACUGAGCCAGAGGACAACUUUAAGCAGAGCGUCAACAAAAAGUAUCACAAGAACGUCAAGGCGCUCGCGGCUGCCGUCGACGACGACCUCGUCGACUCGAAACACGUUGGCAAGCGGCUCAAGUUCAACCCCAAGCUCCAGCUGACCAACGAAGCGCAGCAGGUCCAUGAAAAGGAAAAGGAGGCGAAGCAAGUCGCCGCAGCAACGCAGGAACAGGACGACGACAAUGCCGAUGAUGAAACGGACCUCACCGGACUCGACGGCCUUCGCAAGCGACUCGCCAAGCGCAUUGAAACGAUGCGCGUCAAGCGACAGUCGGCCAAAGAGCACAAGAAGCCGUCCAAGAAGGAACACAGCACCAAUGACAAGGCCGCACCAACAAAGAAGCGGAAGCCGCCGACAUUGCAAGAUAAGUCGCAGCACAAGAAGGCCAAGGUAAAUGAAGCUGUCAACGCUGCAGCCGAAAGCUCGGGAACCCCUGCAUCGAACACGACCGACACGGCGAUUGCCACUAAAUCCGUGGAAGAGAGCAUUUCAUACGGCAGUUUGUUGGUCGGAAAGGAGAAGAAGGAAGAGGCGAAGACCCGCAAUGGACGAAGUCUGGCCAAUAUUCAGAACCUGCUAAAGAAGGCCGAAGCGAAGAAGGCGCGCAUGGAGGAGCUCAAAAAGACGGAGGAAGGGCGAGCAGUUGUUGCCGCCAAGGGAUGGGAGAAAGCGCUCAAGCAAGCACAGGGCGACAAAGUGCUGGACGACCCCAAGCUGCUGCGCAACAAGCUCAAGAAGAAGCUGAAGCAAAAAGACAAGAGCUCCAAGGAAUGGAAACAACGUGUGUCGACGGAAAAGAAGGCAAUGAAAGAACGAGCCAAGACCAAGGCGACGAACGCUCGCACGGGCAAGAAAGUGCUCCGAGCCAAGGCAGCCGAGGCCCGCGCACAGAAGAUUGCGGCCGGCAAGCCAAAGCAGAACCGAGCGGGGUUCGAGGGCAAGAAGGGCGAAGCGUUCUUGAAUGCCAAGAAAUAGUGAAUGUAGAACCAUUUAACGAGAAAACGUGUCGACGAAAAUGCUCGUGGGUCGCCACCCUCCA